AUGAGUCGUCGGCAACAUAGCGCGGAGCUUGGGGCGGUUCAGUGCCGGGACGUCGCCGUAUCCAGCGGAAUCGGCUGGAGGGGCAUCAAAGAAAGUCUCAAGAUUGUGGAGGCAGUUGCGGACCAUGACCCGUGGUUCCAACAGAGGAGGAACGCGGCAGGGGAGCUCGGACUGUCGGCGUUGCAAAAAGUCACUGCAGCGUUUCGUAUGCUAUCAUACGAUGCUCCUGCGGAUUCUCUGGAUGAGUGCCUCCGGUUAGAGGAGGCCACCAUCAUUGAGAGCAUGAGGCGGUUUGUUCGGGCCGUCGUCGGGGUGUUUGGCAAUGAGUACCUCCGUUCUCCGAACGAGGAGGACACCGCUCGCUUGAUUGCUAUAAACGAGCAAAGAGGAUUCCCGGGGAUGCUGGGAAGCAUCGACUAUAUGCAUUGGAGGUGGAAGAACUGUCCGACAGCGUGGUCGGGUUCUUUCACCGGCCACGUCAACUCUCCUACGAUCAUUCUAGAGGUGGUGGCGUCGCAAGACCUGUGGAUUUGGCAUGCCUUCUUUGGCAUGCCAGGGUCGCUGAACGAUAUCAACGUUCUGCACCGCUCACAUCUCCUCGACAACCUUGCCGCUGGUGUGGCGCCGCAGGUACAAUACUCCAUCAAUGGACACCAGUACAACAUGGGGUACUACCUUGCAGAUGGUAUCUAUCCGGAAUGGGCCACCUUCGUGAAGCCCAUAUCUUGUCCGCUUGGGAGGAAGCGGCAACACUUCGUCGUUCAGCAGGCGGCGGUACGGAAGGAUGUGAAACACGCCUUCGGGGUCCUACAGUCUCGAUUUCCUAUAGUCUUGGGGGCUACAAGGAUAUGGGAUCAGGAAACCCUUCAUAACAUCAUGAUCGUCUGCAUUAUCAUGCACAACAUGAUAAUCGAAAAUGAGAGACCUGAUGAUGAAGUUGAACACGUCUACGAAGGUACUGGUAACCAUGUGGAGCCGUUGCACACCUCGACCCCCUCAAUUGAAGCAUUUACACACAGGUAUGGGAUAAUAACUAGCAGGCAGGGUCAUCACCAGCUUCGUGAAGAUCUUGUGGAGCAUCUCUGGCAGCUCCACGGAGGAGAGUAG